CCUCAACACCCGUAAACCUUCAUUCAUCGACCACACGGCUCGUGGGUCAGUAUUUAGACUCUCUCAUGGUCGUUUUUUAGCACUCGCGCUGCCCACCUUCCACUUCCCUCAUUCCUCUUUUCCACCUAGACCUUUCUCAACCAGGCUCUCUGUGCUUUACCAUAUUUAUGUUAUCCAGCUGUUUGAAAAUGGUUUGGGGUUUCCCUAACUUCCAUUUCGGCCAUCUUGUUCGAAAUUCCCUCACGCUAUCCACUUAGGUACAUUAGUUGUUACCGACACUAUAGCAGGCCUUAGAUAUAGCUGCCUUCGUAAGAUCCUCGCGACGAGAAAACCCACGAAGAUGCCUGAAACUCAAAUUCGAGACGUCCAAUUUAUCGAUGGACUCCCAUACGAGAUCUUGAACGAGAUUGGCGUUCAACUUCCCGCAAAGGAUGCCCUAUCGCUCAUUCGGUGCUCCCGUAGAUGUGCAGCGAUUGUCGGAUGGAGUCUUUACCACCAAGACUCGCUCAAUGGACACUGGGCCAUAUGCUGGGGCGCUAGAUCCGGCCAACUGAGUGCCGUGAAAAUGGCUGUCGCCCACGGAGCAGGUCCCCUUAGUCCAGUCAUUGAUCCUGGCUUUGACUUUGGAGAAACUCUCACCAGAGAGACUGCCUUAAGCAUUGCGAUCGAGAACAACAAGAUCGAUGUUGUACAAUACCUCCUUCAGGGCUGCCAUGCAGUGGACGGCUUGUGGGCGCAGAAAAGCUAUCUUCUUCACUCGGUCAAGUGUCCCAAGCUCAUGGAGGUCCUGCUCACUGGGGGGUUUUCCAGCGUCGUCAAUACUUUGGGAACGGCAGGUUGGGACGAUGACGUGACCCCGCUGGUUGCGGCUAUUGAAGGAAAUCACCCUGAAUGCGUAAUUCGCACACUGUUGAAGUUUGGGGCUAAGCCCAACUCGCAGAACGUAUCUUCUAUGCGCCCCCAUAUGUCUGCUUUCCACAUAUGCCUGAAGAGCGACCGACCUUCAGUGGCAAACAUACUGAUCGACCACAACGCCGAUGUCAACGAGGCAGAGGGACCGGAGCUCUGGUCGAAUACUCCUCUAGGUGCCGUACUACGACAGUGUCAACCAGGAGUGCCUUGCAACGAUGAACUAGUUGCCUCACUUUUACGCCAUGGAGCCGAUCCGAAUUCUUCCACACGAGGAGCCGGCGCUGGACCAAGGCCCAUCAUACUUGCUACCUCCCCGGACGUCCUACCUAAGACAUUCGAGCGUCUUAUCGCCAAAGGUGCUCGCGUGAAUAACGGGGUGAAAGUCCAACUGGAGGACGUUCUUCUGUCGACGAAGAGCGACAGGAUGUGGUGGGACUCUACGCCUCAGCGGCAGAUUGUGCGGAAUACUGAUAAGAAGCUUCAAGUGCUUCGUCAACUCGGUAACAGAACGAUACCAGAAGAGACUAUUUAGUUCAGUUUAGAUUCAUGUCACGACAAGCUGUAGGACUUUCACUAAUUAAGUCCAUGUACUUAAGGUCGUAGUUAAGAUACUUAGUGAUAUUACCUAGCCGAGAGGCUGGAAAUCUAAGGUCAAGUUCAUAAAUAUCCUGCCUGAGGAUACAAAUGUACUUAUGAGAG